GUAGCUUUUUUAUCCAUGAUGUCAUUUCAUUCCAAUUGCAUUCACAAUUGAAUUGAUAUUUACGUUGCGGUUACAGACGGAGGGUAAAAAUGGCAGUGCCUGACCAAAAUUUCCUUUGGAAUAUUUUUCAGAAGGUAGACACGGACCGCAGUGGCCAUAUAUCAGCACAAGAACUACAGAAAGCAUUAUCAAAUGGAACAUGGACCCCUUUUAACCCUGAGACAAUUCGUCUGAUGAUUACCAUGUUUGAUAGAGACCAUUCAGGUACCAUAACCUUCCAGGAGUUUGGUGCGCUGUGGAAGUACGUCACUGACUGGCAGAACACGUUCAAAAGCUAUGACAGGGAUGGCUCGGGAAGCAUAGACAUGAAUGAACUUAAACAAGCCCUCACAACAUUUGGAUAUCGGUUAUCAGACAGGCUUUAUCACUUACUGAUUCGCAAGUUUGAUCGGAGUGGGAAAGGAUCAAUAGCUUUUGAUGAUUUCAUUCAAUGCUGCUGUGUAAUACAGAGUUUGACCAAUUCAUUCCAGGCAUUUGACACGAACAGGAACGGAUGGAUCACGAUCAAUUACGAACAAUUCUUAUCAUUAGUGUUCAGCAUUGGGAAGUAGAUGAUAGUAGCAGUACUUAUUGAUAGAUCAUGUUGAAGCUCUUCAUCCUCUGCAGAGUAAUUCUAUAUAGGCAAAUGAUAGAUUCUUGAUGCCAUGUUAGUGAAGUGAAUAGCAGUGACACACAUUUAUGAUUUUGAAAAUAUAUAUUUUUUAUGUACUAGGGCAGCCUCCUACCCAGCCCCCCCCCCAAGAAAAUGAUUUAGAAUAAAUGAUUAACCAAAUGAGUGGAAGUAAUUUGUGAAUUUAGAAAUAACGCGAUUCACAAUGGGCAACCUUUUCCCAAGUGAUAACGAAAAAUUGAAAAGGAGAAAAUGUAUGGUAAUGUACUAUACCCCCUGAUACACAUGCGUCAGGUUUGGGUCCACCUUCACGCCUGCAAUUUGGUGGUGGUACACAUACGCCAGAAGUGGACUGAAGGCACCUUGGGAUUAUUAACCCCCUGAUACACAUGAGCCGGUCUCACGUUGUCUAUUAACGUGACACAUGUCACUUGACUUUUAUGUCAACCUUUUCUAUUGUUUGUUAGCUGUAACUAUUGUUCGCUAUAUAUAUAGUUCAGUGGUCAAGCCGUCUUGAGUCCGAAUACCGAUCGCAGGAUUGAAGGUGCAUUCAAACCACUUCCAAAGGUGAACUCAGUCCGAGGCGGUGUCAGCACGGCAAUCGAAAAGAGAGAGAUGAUACAUAUAAGUUGAGCAGCCUUCGACGCCGGCUUCACUCCACUUUCGGCAUAUAUGUAACCCCGCCCUAUGACAUACCCCUUUACUUUAUCUAAAAAUACUUUUAGUUCAUUUCCCAUCCCUCAACAAAAUACCAGGAUACCAAAUGGUCUCAGUAGGAGUAUAUUAUACUGUUCAUGGAUAACUUAUUCAAACUGGUAUAAAGUAUAUUGCUUUAGAAGGAAUGUCCAACACAACUUCUUGGGGUACUUUACAACUCAUUAUAGGCCAGUUCACAAUUUUAUUGAAGAUGAUAUAUUAUAGAGUUUCAAAGGUAAUUGUAACUGAUUCUGCUAUCAUCACAUUCACUUUUUUCCCAUAAAAUAAGAAACAGACCCAGUUUAUUAUUGUUGGGCACAAUAAUGUAAUUGUGUAAUAAAUAUAAUCUUGUCUUUGGACUCUCAUGCUUUUUAGCAGCAUAUUACAAAAGUUAUUGGUGCAUAUUUAGGUAAUUAACAGGGAUUCAUGUUACCCA